CAUCAAACACUCACUAAACACAAAUCCCACGAUAUCCCACAACCAAACGCCCCUUAUCCCUUUUCAUAUAUAUUUCCCUCUGUCUGUUCCAAAAGGAGCUUCGUGUCACUGAAAAUGGAGGUUCAAGCCGCUCUUCAUCGUUCAUUUCUCGGAGGUGGAGUGUCGUUUCCUUUGGGACCUCGUGUAGUUUCAUUAAUGAGAAGUCGAUUCUUCCAGAAACAUUCGACUUCACUGAAGAAACAUUCCAAAGUAUCUAUAUCGUGUUCGUUAAAUGAGAGUACAGCAAAAGUGAUUUAUAGUGUAGCGCCUGCAAUGGGUCAUAACAAGGAGGCACAUCCAGAAUGCAGUUUACGGGUUCCUGCAAUUGUGACUGCUCUCGAGAAGGUGGAGCUCACACCGAAGUUUCGAGGAUCUGAGAUCAUUCAACUUCAAGAUUUUAGAACUGCUACUGUUGAAGAUAUUGCAAGUGUGCAUUCCAGAUCUUAUGUUUUUGGCCUUGAGAAGGCAAUGGAGCAGGCUUCAGACCAAGGCUUUAUACACAUUGAAGGCUCUGGGCCCACGUACGCCACUGCUACUACAUUUCAAGAGUCCUUGAUCGCUGCUGGAGCAGGCCUAUCCUUGGUUGAUCACGUGGUGGCAGCAUCAAAAGUCAGUCAAACCCCCCCAAUUGGAUUCGCCUUAAUACGACCGCCUGGACAUCAUGCGGUUCCUAAGGGUCCCAUGGGAUUUUGUGUGUUUGGUAAUGUAGCUAUUGCAGCCCGAUAUGCUCAACGGGCCCAUGGACUACAACGUGUUUUCAUCAUUGAUUUUGAUGUCCAUCAUGGGAAUGGGACGAAUGAUGCGUUUUAUGAUGAUCCAGACAUAUUCUUUCUUUCAACUCACCAAGAGGGAAGCUACCCUGGUACAGGAAAAAUCGAUAACAUAGGAUGCGGGAAUGGUGAAGGAGCAACGCUUAAUUUGCCGUUAGCAGGAGGGUCAGGUGAUAUUGCCAUGCGGACCGUGUUUGAUGAAGUCAUCGUACCGUCUGCCCAAAGAUUUAAGCCCGAUAUAAUUCUUGUAUCAGCAGGGUAUGAUGGACACGUACUGGACCCGCUGGCCAAUUUCCAGUUCACAACAGGAACAUAUUACAUGCUGGCAUCAAACAUCAAGCAGCUUGCAAAAGAGUUGUGUGGCGGUCGAUGUGUGUUUUUCUUGGAAGGAGGAUACAACCUUAAAUCUCUGUCCGAUUCAGUUGCAGAUUCUUUUCGUGCGUUUGUUGGAGAACCGAGCAUGGCGGCAAAAGUUGAUGAUCUUGGUUACUUGUACGACGAACCAUCUUUUAAGGUAAAACAAGCUAUUCAGAGGAUCAAACAUUUGCAUUCUCUAUAAAAAAAGCUAUGAUCUUUUCUCAACUUUUGUGGUGCAGACUUGUAUAUGUUUAGUUUUGUAUAGGGCAAUGCACAUAAAUAAGAAACUUAAUUUACUAAUUUAUCUUAUUUUUCUUUAAAA